AAUGAGAGCCGCUACAUACUUCUCGAGUCUCAAAUAUAUUGUUCACCAUUUCUGAAUAGGGCCUAGUAUACUAUCUGCAGGCAUCUGACUUUCAAAAUACAGACAACCUUCCACAACGGAUCGAGGAGGAUCAUCAAAUUAUUUUCAUGGGUAGUUUAUUCAACAACUACAUAGAUCGUUCUUAAUCAAUUUAAAUUCGUUUUGGAAUCAUGAACCGUUUCAUUGUGCUUUUCGUAUUCGGAUUCUGUUUUGGAUCCCUAACUCGGGUACAUUCGAUUCCGACUGGGAUAACCGGAAAUAGAUCCGGAGGAGGCUCGUCGUCAGUUUCGCACCGUCAUUUCUCUCCAAUCGUAUAUCUAGAGAGAUAUGGCUACCUCGUGCCAGGCGCCCAACACUCGUCAGCCUUACUUAAAGAUGCGAUCAUAUCCUUUCAAGAAUAUGCGAACCUGAAGAUGACGGGUAUUUUAGACGAGGCGACACGAGAUAAACUCCAAGCCGACAGGUGCGGGGUAGCCGACAUCGGGGUUGCCGGUCAGGUGGGCUAUCACCAGCAGGGAACUAAUCAAAGGAGUCGAAUGAAGAGAGAUGCAAAUUGUAAGGCGUUUCGUGCCCUGGGUAUGACAUGCUAUUCCACACCAGUUCCAAAAUGGUCGAAAAAUGAUUUGACGUACUACAUCAAAAGCUUCACACACGAUCUUCCCAAAUCAAAGACCAGGGAGGCUUUUCAAAGAGCUUUUAAACUCUGGGCCGAUGUCACACCCUUGACGUUUACCGAGUCAACAUCAGUAUCUGCCGACAUCAUCAUCGAAUUCGCAAGAGGGUUACACGGUUUCCUUCAUUUUUUCGACGGUCCCGGAGGAACUCUUGCUGAUGCAGCACCCCCAGAAAUCGGAUACGUCCACUUCGACGAAGACGAAACAUUUGUCGUCGAUGAUGACGGCGACGAAAGAACGGGCCACAUCGUCAAUCUCUUCUACGUAGCCGCCCACGAAUUCGGUCACAGUCUGGGCCUUGAACAUUCUAACGUCACUUCAGCUCUCAUGUACGCAUACUAUAGCAAAGAUGACCGCUUACCAACAAACAUGAAUGAAUUUCAGCUCCAUCAGGAUGAUAUAGAUGCCAUCCAACGCCUCUAUGGUGGACCAACAAAUGUCACUGGCACUGACCGAGGGACCAGCGGGGGCGUGAUACCUGCUGAUUGCGACAUCCCUUGGGAUGCUGCUACAACUUAUCCUCGCAUGGAUGCCUUCUAUGCCUUCAAGGGCCGUUUGGUAUGGGCCAUGGAUCGUUCCGGAAUCCGUGAAGGAUAUCCAAAAAAUAUCAGCCAAGUUUUCAGAGGGGCGCCCUCCCGUGUCCAAGCUGUUGUUCAUAUAACUGAACAGACUGAUGAAAAGACAUACAUGUUCAAAGGUAAGAAAAUAUGGAGAUUCAAUGGCAACAGGAGGCUGGAGAAAGGAUUCCCCCGUCCAUCUCCCGCCGGGUUUCCUAUUGCACCCGAUGCAGCUCUCCAAGCAAACCGCGGGAAGGUGUACAUCUUCAAAGGAGCUUCAUUCCAAGAGUUUUUCCCACAUAACCUCACUGUGGGCGCACCAAGAGAUAUCAGCCUGCAUUGGGGUGGAAUCCCAAGCAACAUUGAUGCCGCUCUGCAGUGGUUCAACGGAAAGACAUACUUCUUCAAAGACAAUGAAUAUUGGAGGUUUAACUAUAAUAAAAUGAAAGCAGCUAAUGGUUAUCCAAAGUCGUGGUCUGAGUACUGGAUGGGGUGCGGCCAGCCCGAUAUCCGUCCACGCUCUCCUCUGUAAACCAUCGAUCCAAGAUAAAAGCUUGAAUUAAUAGGGCAUACAUUAGCUUGAUUUUAUGUAAUCGUGAUGAUGAUAUUAAUAAUAAUAAUAGAAUAAUAAUAAUGAUAAUAAUAGUAAUAAUAAAAAAUAGUAAUGAUCAUAAUUGUGCUGAUGAUGAGUCAUGAUAACAAAUUUAUGUUUUCUCCCAAAUCACUUAAUGGUUACGUAAUUGAUUAGAGACGGUCUCUGAACCCAUCUUUAAAGCCGAGCUAAGAUUGAAAAUUUAUAAUUCUUGGCCUUGAUUUGUUUGUUCUUUUUCCAUAUGUUGCACAGUCAAAGAUUUGCCUUUGGUGACAAAUUUUACUUUUCCUGCCGUUAGAAAUAUAUAAUUCCAUAGACAAAAAUAUCUCUAAAAAGGUGUUAAAAUCAUAUCCUUUGGAUUAAUGCAAGUGUUUAUGUAGUAGUCAAUCACCAUAUAUUUAUUUAUUAUUUUGUUAAUCAUGAUGGACCUAAUUAUAUUUUUUAAAAAUCUUUCCCCGUUAUACACUUUCAUUUAAGCCUUGAUUUUUUUCUUCGUUGUAAAUGAUUGAAUAAUAAAUAUUGAAAAUUAAACUUUGCUGUUUAAGAUUUCAUCACUUGUUUAAACUAUCUAAACAACUGCGGUAAGGUUCAUAAUAGUAAACAGCAGUGUAUAAACCAAAAUAAUUAAACAGCAUUUUUACUA